UCUCUCUCUCAUAUAUAAAUAACCAAACCCUUCUCCCCAGCAUCCAUUUCCUCGACCCUCUCGAAUCCAUCUGGCUUCGAUUCUGCGUCGUCGUCGUCGUCGUAAUCGUCGUCUCCUUCGCGGAUCCCUCGGCGAAUCCCUAUCUCCGCGGCGGAGUCGUCCUCUUUCGCUCUCUCUCAAUCGAGGGUAUCGGAAAAAUCAGGAGGAAAUGUGAGGACAUGGUUGUCGGAUCAGCGGCGAAGGGUGGAGAAGAGAGUUAGCUUCUGAAAGGGAACUUGUACAGCCUUCUCUCAGAAACUUCAGUGCAACAACAUGGCAGUGGGCGGUAACACUCAACAGAGCAUCAGAAAAGCUCUUGGAGCACUAAAAGACACGACGACAGUUGGAUUGGCAAAAGUGAACAGUGACUACAAGGAGCUGGAUGUUGCCAUCGUCAAGGCCACUAAUCAUGUUGAGCAGUUGGCAAAGGAGAAGCACAUACGCACUAUUUUUGAUGCUGUAUCUGCCUCGAGACCUCAUGCUGAUGUUGCAUAUUGCGUCAAUGCUCUCGCCAGGCGGCUUGCCAAGACACGUAAUUGGGCUGUAGCCAUAAAAAUUUUGAUUAUUAUUCAUCGUGCUUUGAGAGAAGUUGAUCCGACAUUUCGAGAAGAACUCGCUAGCUAUAACCAGAGCAGAAGCCAUAUGCUGAAUUUAUCACAUUUCAAAGAUGAUUCUAGCCCAAGCGCUUGGGAUUAUUCUGCUUGGGUUCGAACCUAUGCUCUGUUCCUAGAGGAGCGACUAGAAUGUUUUCGGGUUCUGAAGUAUGAUGUUGAGACAGAACGCCCUAAAAUUUCCAAUCUUGAUACGAAUAUAUUGCUUGAGCAAUUACCAGCUUUGCAGCAGCUUCUAUUCCGUCUUCUUGGUUGCCAGCCUGAAGGAGUGGCUGUGUACAAUAAUGUGAUCAAAUAUGCACUUUCAAUUGUUGCUCAUGAAAGUGUUAAGAUAUACAAUGCGAUUAAUGGUGGAACUCUUAAUUUGGUUGACAAGUUCUUUGAGAUGCAGCGCCAUGAUGCUGUUAGGGCACUUGAGAUUUACCGCAAGGCAGGGCAGCAGGCUGACAGGCUUUCCAAAUUCUAUGAGUUCUGCAAGGGACUCAAUGUUGGGCGAAUGGAAUGCUUUGUGAAAAUUGAACAGCCACCUGCAUCUUUCAUUACAGCAAUGGAAGAGUAUGUAAAGGAUGCUCAACAUGCUUCGCGUUUCAAUCAGAAUGCGCUGGAAGGCAUAGCCCCGAAGGCCAUUUUAGCCAUUGAGGAUAAGAAAGUAAAUGAGGACGAUGAUGAUCAAAAGCCAGAACCAGUUGUGCCAACAAGCCAAAGAUUUCCUGAACUACCAUUAGCUGAAACUGUUGAAGCUCCUGUUGAAAGUCAAGCUCAAACUCCAGUUAAUGAUCUACUGUGUUUGGACGACUUCAACCAAGUUGCAAGUGAACUAGAAGAGAAGAAUGCCUUAGCACUUGCUAUCGUAUCUAACGAAGAUCCAGGAAUCAAUAGAACUACUCCUGAGAUAAUGAGCGGGGAUACGGGGUGGGAGUUGGAACUCCUUGGCAUACCAAGUUCCAAUCAAAGUGCUCUUGCCGACAGUAAACUGGCUGGUGGGCUCGACAAAUUGACAUUGGACAGUCUAUAUGACGAUGCGAUUACAAGAAGAUCAAAUCCCAACGGGGCCUACCAUAUGGGGCAGGUGGCGCCAAAUCCCUUCGAGCCGGUUCAAUAUCCUCAGGACCCAUUCUUUGCCUCCAAUAGCAUAGCGCCACCUGGCAGCGUGCAAAUGGCUGCGAUGGCACAACAGCAAGCUCUGAUGAUGCAACAGCAACAACAUUCUACGGGUCAUGAUCCCACCAAUCCCUUUGGUAACCCGUAUAAUCCGUACUCAGGCCUUAUGUAAUAAUAAUUUACUUGAUUGGAAAUCGUCGUAGACAUGUUAAAGCAGAGAAACUAAUUUAGAUUAUAACAUGUAGGUAGGCAGUGAAAAGUAGGUCUCUAAUUUACUCUGUUUUCUAUUGUUUCGAUUAUUUUCUUAAUCUCCGCGAAGAUGGAAGUUAGAAACUUUUUAACUAUUUUGCUUUUUUAGGUCUGAAAUAUUUUUCUUGGUAGAAUGUGAGUAGUCCUCCAUAAACCAGUGUAAAUUUUUAUCCUUCUCUUUUUUGUUUUUUUGUUUUUUUUUCCUUCUUAUUUUUUGACCCAUGUUGAGAAAUCGGUUACUUCUCUUUUUAUGCUUGCUAUAUAUUCAGAAUAUAUCCGAGCUACACUAGCAUUA